CCCAGCAUGUGCACCGGAGGGUGUGCCAAGUGCCUGGGGGCCACCCUCAUUCCCCUCACUGUGUUUGGCAUCCUUGCUAACAUCCUUUUGUUUUUCCCUGGAGGAAAAGUGAUAGACAACAAUGAACACCUUUCUCAAGAGGUCUGGUUUUUUGGAGGUGUAGCUGCACCUGGCUUCCUGAUGAUCUUCCCUGUGCUUGUGUUCCUGGGCUUAAAGAACAAUGACUGCUGUGGGUGCUGUGGCAACGAGAGGUGUGGGAAGAGAUUUGCGAUGUUCACCUCCACAAUAUUUGCUGUGAUCGGAUUCUUGGGGGCUGGAUACUCAUUCGUCAUCUCAGCUAUCUCCAUCAACAAGGGUUCUAAAUGUCUCAUGGACAAUAGCACAUGGGGCUACCCCUUCCAUGACGGGGAUUACCUCAAUGACAAAGCCUUAUGGAGCAAGUGCAGGGAGCCCGAAAACGUGGUGUCCUGGAAUCUGACCCUCUUCUCCAUCCUGCUCAUCAUAGCAGUGUUCCAGAUGCUUCUCUGCACCAUCCAGGUGGUUAACGGCCUCCUGGGGACCCUCUGUGGAGACUGCCGGUAUUGUGGCUGCUGCAGGGGAGAUGGACCAGUUUAAACCUCUGUGAUGACUUUCUGUUAACUUGAUGGCAUGUGAGAAGACAUUCAAAGUAAUCUCUCUUUGGGGUUGUCUGUUUCCAUCUUAGCUCAACUUGGCGCUUUAUGUUUACUUUGAAUAAAAAAAGAGAUUGCCCACAUAAGUUAGAUUUAUAAAUCUUUCAAAUUAGCUUCCUGUUAGAAUGCAAGAGCUGGUAAAAAGUUAAUUUUUCACAACUUUUUCUUCAAGAAUGAAAAAUGGAUGUCACCUGUACUACCACACUGCUUCUUUGUAUGUAUGGGUAUUUAUGUUUAUUGGAAGUUUAACAUAAUUGAAAGGAUAAAAUCACUUUAAAAUGAGCAACUAAUACCAAUUUUGUUGUCAAGAUUUCUGGAAAAAAAAGAAUGACUGACUGACCUGUCAAAAAUAAUUUUAAUUGCUGUCCUUUGGCUAACUUGUUUGAACUAAUUGUAACUACUCUUUUGAAUAAGGGUUUCCUUAUAAAUAUUACAUUAAAAUACUAAUUCAGUGGUAA